UUGAGAUAGUGACUGUAAAAAUAACUGGAAAAGUUAAACCAGCAACAGACGAGUAAAAGAAGCCUACAAUGUCUAAUCUUCCCGCACCUUGUUUGGGGAACACACGGAGGUCUUCUACUCUGGCACGGGGAAAGAGACCGCCGGAUUUGGAGCUGUCGGCAACCACAUUCAGUGCGCAUGAUUCAGGAACACCUGUGGGCAACACUUUUCCCCAGAGAGACAAAAUGCAAGAGGAAGGUAACUCUCCCUCCGAUGUCCCCCCUGUUCAUCUACACCCCUACUUAUCUCACCCCCGGAUGUCGGUGUACAGCACCGGGGUUCGUCCAGUCCUCACCCGCGCCUACAUCCAAGGACGCGUGUAUAACUUUCUGGAAAGGCCGUCUGGCUGGAAGUGCUUCGUGUAUCACUUCACAGUGUUUCUCAUAGUUCUGGCCUGUCUGAUCCUUAGUGUCCUCUCUACAGUUGAUCAAUACCAAGCCUUGGCUUACACAACUCUCUUCUGGGUGGAGAUCGUCCUUGUGGUGUUCUUUGGUGUGGAAUAUUUUGUCCGCCUUUGGUCAGCAGGCUGCCGCAGUAAAUAUGUUGGCAUUUGGGGCCGACUACGCUUUGCCAGGAAGCCAAUAUCUAUUAUAGAUUUGAUUGUAGUUCUGGCCUCGAUAAUUGUUUUGGCAGUGGGCUCCAAAGGUCAGGUCUUCGCUACCUCUGCUGUAAGAGGGAUUCGCUUCCUACAGAUUCUGCGUAUGCUGCAUGUUGACAGGCAGGGAGGAACCUGGCGUCUCCUGGGCUCUGUUGUCUUUAUCCAUCGACAGGAGCUGAUCACCACCCUGUACAUUGGGUUUCUGAGCCUGAUCUUCUCAUCAUACUUUGUCUACUUAGCAGAAAAAGAUGCAGUGGAUGACAGCGGCUCCACUGACUUCAGAAACUAUGCUGAUGCUCUGUGGUGGGGUGUGGUGACAGUGACUACAAUCGGCUAUGGAGACAAAGUGCCACAAACAUGGAUUGGAAAGACCAUUGCAUCCUGUUUCUCAGUGUUUGCCAUUUCUUUCUUUGCCCUUCCUGCAGGAAUCUUGGGCUCAGGCUUCGCCCUGAAGGUGCAGCAGAAGCAAAGACAGAAACACUUCAACAGGCAGAUCCCUGCAGCUGCCUGCCUCAUACAGACAGCUUGGAGAUGUUUUGCUGUGGAGAACUUUGAUUCAGCCACAUUCAAGAUGUAUUUGAGAAAGAAAUCCCACAUCCCUGCCUCCACUCUGUCCAGCCCCAAGGCCAAAAAAUCGGUGAAAAUAAGGAGGAAGUUGAAGAGCACUGACAAGGACAACGGUCCAACUUCUCCCACAGUUCCCAGCAUCACCUGUGACUCUGCAUUUGACAGCGGGAGGGAGCAGAGCUCAGAUGUUUACAGCACAGUUGGCACAGCAGGACUCCAGACACUGGGAGGAUGUGAUCGGCAGCAGUCCUGGACAUCUUUGUCUUCCCUUCAGUUCAGCUCACCACCUGCAGUGAAAAGAAGCCCUGGUCUUUUGCAUGUCCAAUCCCCCGCCUCCCUGCAGAGGAACUGCAGCUUUGCAGAUGACUUGGAGCUGGAGUCAGAGCGAGAGAGUGAACUACCUCCUGCUAGCUCAGUAUCACAACUGACAGACUCUCACCGAAAAGCCAUUCGUGUGAUCCAGAAAAUGCAUUAUUUUGUGGCCAAGAGAAAUUUUCAGCAAGCUCGUAAGCCAUAUGAUGUCCGAGAUGUGAUUGAGCAAUACUCCCAGGGUCACCUCAACCUCAUGGUCCGAAUUAAGGAGCUUCAGCGAAGAUUAGACCAGUCUUUAGGGAAAAUGACUUUGUUCCAGACCUGUUCAGAUCGAGCCAGAGACAAAGGCAACAACUCUAUCGGCUCAAGACUCAACAGGAUGGAGGAAAAGAUAACACACAUGGAUCAGACUCUGACCCGCAUCACAGAGUCUCUCACCCUCCUGCUGGACCAGAUGGAAGUUGGUGUUGGUGAAGGUAAAUGCAGGCUAAGGCCACGACUUCGACGGACAUGCAAUGUCCUCCCCUGCCAAGAUAGCUUGCCAAGUUAUGACCAGUUGUCCUCAUCUCCUUCGUCCUUCUCCUCCAACAACGCCAGCACCGUGAUCUGCCCCAACAAUCCCCUGAUCUCCACCACCAGUCAAGAUGAGAGCUGCUGAAACCUGGAACCAGACAGCCUCAGUGUUUAGCUUGUGUCUGUGCAAUGUCAUAAGAUAUACUCAUCCAUGUAUGGUGAGCACAUCCAGUUGAAGCUACUUUGCUGAAUGCUGGCAUUUAGGUGGAAUACCAUAUUAGAAAAUGUAGGAUAAACUGGAUUUCUCAUAUAUUCACAUUAUAUGAGAAACUGGUCAACAAAAUGCCUUUGAAGUUGGAUUGCUUUGUUUUUUGUUUUUCAAGUAUAGUACUUGAAAUGUAUUCAGGCUGAUGCCAAAAACAUAUCAACCAAAAACUGUGCCAUGAUUCUGUGUCUUGCAAAGAGUUUUGGUACAAUCUGGUCAAAAUGUUCAUUAACGUGAAAACAGAGAGCAAAAAUGCACAGAUUUCCCAAAGGCAUAAAGUCAGAUAUGGCAUCUCUUUUACAACUCAAGCUGGAUUGCUUCUUUUAUCUCUAGUUUUGAUGGUUUCAAAAUAACAUGAAAGCAAAAAUGCCCAAAGGAAAAGUUUGCAUGGUCAGUCCUCAGUAACAGCCCCCCUGGCAAGUAUCCGAGCUUGUAAACACUUUUUGUAGUCAGCUAAGAGUCUUUGAGUUCAUAUUAGGAGGAUUUUCUCCCAUACAAUCACAUCCUUUGCUUCCUCUAAAAUGCUGCUGCUUCUGUGAAAUUCUAGACCAUCUUGCAUGCACUGCUUCUAUGAGGCCUAUCCACGGGUUUUCAAAGUUAACUUGGGGGUGCCAUGAGGAUCGUGUUAAAACCUUCAGCUUGCGGCUCUGUGAGGUUUGUUCAGGAUCAAUAUUCAGUUACAAAAAGCUGUCCUCUCUUAAUCUUCUGCUUUUUAACACACUGUGAUCUUUUUCUAGUAUUUAAUUGGAUUUACUCUUCCAUCAAUGGGAAUAUUUCACAUGCCACUGGUUACAACACAAGCCCAAAGCAUGAUUGAUCCCCCCUUAAACAGAUGGGGAGGUGUUCUUUCAUGAAAUCGUUCACCGUCUGUAAACAUACCUUAGCUCAUUGUAGUCAAAAACUUCUAUUUAAUUCUGUUUAUUUGCAAACUUUAGACACUUAAUUUCAAGUCCGGGAAGCAGGAAGGUUUUCUUUUGAUAGCUGUUGCAAAUAGCAGUACUUUUUGAAACUUUUCUUUUUCAACUUGACCUCCACUGUUCCUUUUAAGUGCUAUUUCGUGACUACAUAUCAAACUAAGAAAACAACUUCCUGCAAGAACAUUGCUUUCUUUUUUUUAGUCCUCCCCUGCCUUGCUACUGUUAACUGUUUAAGCUUUCACAGUGCCCAGCAGCUGCUUAGAGGAGCUAUUGACUGAAUUUGUAUGAUGAGAAUUUGUAAAUCUUUGGAAUCUGCAUCCCGUGGUCUUUCCUAACAAGCAGUAGGCCUAAUGUUCUAUUCAAGGACUGAAACCUUGGUAAAAGCUACCUGAGGGCUAAAUCUUGGGAUGUUCAGACUUUUGCAGGGUGCCCUUUUCUAUUUUUUAAUAUAGGAAUUGUACAAAAAUGAAUGGAAAAAAUGUCAAAUCUUGAAUUUUUGCCCUUUUUUAGAUCAGUUAUUUUGCUACUUAAAAAACUAAGCACAGAUGCAGAAAUUUUGGUAAAGAACUUGUGCCAUUAAAACUAGGAUAUAGGGCUUACAUUUCAAUAACCUUUUUUUUAACAUUUCUAUCGUCCUUUGUUUUUGUAGAUUUUUUUUUAAAGAUCUGACAUUUUAUAAAACAUAAUGGUAAUUUGUCCAUCCAUUAUCUUAACAUAAACCUGCAGAGCAUGUAUGAAUAUGGAAAAAAUACUUCCUCUUUCAAUUAAUAAAUUUUACAUGUCAGGACAUAACUGAAAUUCUUAUGGUACUUACCAUAUCAUAAAAUGAGAUAAGUAUGACCUUAGAUUAACAAAAACAAAUGACAUACAUCAAAAUGCAAAGCGACUGUGGGGGCAAAAGCCAAGUACACAAUGUCAUGCCUCACAUUUGCUGCCAUUUGUUCAUCCUAUUUUAAUUUCUUACAUACUGAUUUAUUGAGGAUUUCCUGUUGUAUAUGUUUAUUGUCCUAUUGCAUGACAGUUCCAGCCAUAUUUUAGUUCAUGGUUGAUUCUAAGACUGCAAGGUGUUGUCUGGUUGCAAAACAAUGGCAAAUCACCAUUCAUCUACAAUCAAUUCAAAUUCAAACUGUUUAUUGUCAUUUGCACAGUAAGGAAACAAGUUUCCUUGAACAAUGAAACUUUGCUGUCCACACUGAAUGCCAUAAAAGAUUAUAAAAUAAAAAUAAAAAACAAAACUUUAAAAAACUAGAUAGAUUAUUUACUCAAGAGUUUUUUUUUU